CACCUCGCACACAGAGAGAGAGAAAGGCAGAGAGUCUGUCAGAAAGCUGCAGCUGGUUCAUGAUCUCACUCCUUCAGCCGCUCAUUGCCUCCCUGCUGCUCCUCUCCGGAUGUUUGGAUUUCAACGUUUGAAUCUUCUGAGGAGUACAUUUUAAUUUUAAUUUUUUUGCCUGAGGAUUUUUCACCAGAGGAAAUUUGUGGAUAUCCUGAUUUUCUUUUUUUUCCAAUCUGAACCACCUGGAGUCCCUGUAGAUUUUUAUUUUUUUAAUCUACAGUGGGUUUUUUCCAGGGUUUUACCCUCUGACUGUCUACAUUUGUGUGGCUUUUUGUCUGGAUGCCCCAGGAUUAUCCACAGACUGCAGUUCCUUCUCGGGCCUGCAGGGCGGCAGCAGAGAGCAACGGCCAGCCGCUGGACAGGCAGACCGUCGGCAUGAGCGACUUCUGGCACAAGAUGGGCUGCUGCGUUGUAGCCAAGCCUCCUCCGAAGAAGAACAGGAGGAAGAUCGACCGUAGCAUGAUCGGCGCGCCGACAAACUUCAUCCACCUAACGCACAUCGGCUCYGGGGAGAUGGGAGACGGCCUGCAGCCGUCAGGGUCUGUUCAGGAGCAGAUGAGGUCUAAAGGCCCCAACAUGAACUGCAGGAACAGCCUGUUAUAGCCGGAUUGUAUUAAAUUGACUCAGACCAGCUGACUGACCUCCUCCGCACUCUGAACCUCUGAGCCUGUCCUCCAUCAUCCAGCCGACGGCUUCAUCACCUGCUGCCCUGCUGAAGCAACACUGAGCAACAGUGGCACCUACAUGUUAAAAUUAUACAGCAAAUGUMAUAAUCAUAAUAAUGUUCAUUGUUUCUUUUUUUCACCCUGGUCAGGUYUGAAAGUAGGGAGCCAGACAGGAAUUGUACGCAUUUUGUUUUUGGGUGGUARAUKUGGCACCAGGUCUUUCAUCAGUAUUAAAUUAGACAUAACUUUUAUUGUAUGAUCAAA